AUGAACAGAACGUCGGCGACUGCGCUAUCGGCGUCCCCACGACAAUCCGACACGGCGCUGUAUGGCCAACAAUCCACUCCCGAUGAAGGGGCAUCCUAUGCCGAGUCUCUAAAGAACCAGAAUCAAAUGGAUGGUGGUGACGAUAAGUCCGGCGGUCCCAUUUUCCCUGGGCAACAAAGUAGACUCCCAUCCGACUCGAAUCAGAUUCCUCCACCAAACAACCAGAUGGAAGGAAGUCAAGAGUCUGGUCCCUCCUUUCCAGGGAAGCCAAGCAUGAAGCCACCAUUCUCAGGGACACCACCUCCAUCAAAUCCAUUUGGAGGCAGUCAAAACCCGAGGGAUGGAGCCGAAAAUGGGCAGUCAGGUGGUCCAGUCUUUCCAGGGCAAGCAAACAAGAAACCAUUCACUGGGACAAUGCCGCCACUGAAUCCACUUGAAGGCAGUUCUAGCCAAGUGAAAGGAAGUGAAGAGUCCACCUUUCCAGGGAAGCAAAAUAUAACGCCACCAUUCCCAGGGACACCACCUCCUGCAAAUCCAUUUGGAGGCAGUCAAAACACGAGGGAUGGAGCCGAAAAUGGGCAGCCAGGUGGUCCAGUCUUUCCAGGGCAAGCAAACAAGAAACCAUUCACUGGGACAUUGCCACCACCGAAUCCACUUGAAGGGACUCUAGCCAAGUGA